AUGGUGCUGAGUUUGAUUGGCCCGCUUGACAACCCCCGGGUGCAGCGGGUGCUGCUGGUUGCCGCCUACGCGGGCACGCGGCUCAAGGUGGUCCCCGUGACGCUCGGCAGCGAAACUGCGGGGGAGAGUUACCGCCGCAACUGCCACCCGCUCGGCCGGGUGCCGGUGCUGAAGACCGACGAGGGUUACCUUUUUGAGGCAAACGCCAUCGUACGCCACCUUGCACGCACGGAGCGUCCAUACGGGGUGGACGGCGGCGAGCGUUACCCCUCGCCACAGCACGUCGUGCCGUACAUUCUCUAUGGAAAAGGGCUGCAGGAGGCGGCCGAGGUGGACGCGUGGCUGGACUUUGUCACGAACGAAAUCGACCCGUACGUCUUCCCACUUUUCGCGGCGGAGCAGGAGGAGAAGAAGCAGGCAGCAAAGGCGCAAGGCGACGCUGCGGCGGCCAAAUCAGCGGCGCGUCAGUCGCUGAUGGACUCCCUGCGGGAGGGGCUAAACGGCCUCGAGCAGCGGCUGGUGUACAAGAAGCAGCUUCGCAAGCUGGCGGUCGUCGGCGGCAGUAGCAACAACCCCCUCAGCUCCCGCACGGGAAUGCAGGAGGAGGUGGACGAAGGACUGUCGGAGGACGACUACCUCCUCGCCGCAACGCCGCGGGAGAGCACCGUGCUGCGCGGGUACCACACCUACAACAUCAAGACUCACGUGGAGGAGCCCAGCGCGAACGCCAACGAGGCGGUCGCGCAGGAGGGACGCAGCGGGACGCCAUUGCUGGCGCACUUAGGGGCACCCUCGCCGCGGCCCUCGGGGCAGACUCCGCGCCUUUCCUGCUACAGCCCACGACGGAGCGUCAAUCCGCCCAGCGAGCUAAUUUUUCUCGUAGGGGACUCACUGACCGCGGCGGACCUCGUCGUCGCACUCGCCGUCAACCAGGCCCUGUCGCUGAAGCAACUUGGGGCGACGCUCAAGCAGCAGUACCCGCAGGUGGUUCGCUACCACCACGGCAUACUGCGACUGCCGCUUGCUACGGAGCUACGGAAGGCGCUAGGCAUAAGUGUUUUGUAG